AUGUCUAAGCUCUCCAGAGUUAACCAUGCUGCGGGCAUCUUCGCCGACAUGUCGGUCGAUGGGCCCGCCAUCGGUACUCUCGUUGCCAUUAUCGACCGUGCGAAGAAUCUGCCCAACCGCAAGACCAUGGGCAAACAGAACCCCUACUGUGCUGCUCGUCUGGGCAAGGAGGCAAAGAAGACCCCUACUGAUCUACGUGGUGGACAAACACCUCGAUGGGACCACGAGCUUCGAUUUACAGUACACGAGUCUCCUGACUACUACAGGAUGAAAGUUUCAAUCUUCAACGAUGACAAGAAGACCGACUUGAUUGGCGAAACUUGGGUCGACCUACAGAAUUUGAUCAUUCCCGGUGGAAGCCAAAAUGACCACUGGCACGUCCUUCAGUGCCGAGGUAAAUACGCAGGCGAAAUCCGACUCGAGAUGACAUACUACGACACCCGUGAGCAAGACGUGGCGGUGAUUGAGCGACGGAAAGUUGCGGCCGAAAGGGCACAGGGCAAAGUCAGCCCUUCGGCAAGCUCAGUGCUGUCUGGAACAUCUACGAUGUCUGCCAUGUCGGGACUGUCGGGUCCUCGUCAGUUAGAGAAGGUCAAAAGACGACCUCUGCCCACAGACCCAUCCGGAGCCACCCCUGCCAGACCCCCUGCUCCAGAGCACACCCAGUCAGCUCCUCCGCUGCACCACCCCAUGCCUGCCAGGCCGGCCAUGCGUGAUGUUGCCCAGACGAUGCCACAAUCUGCCGCCCCCGAACCCCUCCCUUACGCUCCGAGACACUCCGAGCCUUCUUAUGACACCCAAGCCUAUGCUACGGUUCCCAAGUCGCAACCGCGAGGGACGCAUGUUGGGCCAGAUGAUUACCAGCGGGAAUGGAGCGCCCCAGCUCCAGCUCUCCCUCCUGUGGACAUGAUGAGACAUAACACCCAGGAACUCUCAUACGCUGCUCCUGAGGCCCCCGACCAUGCGUACGAUCCGCGUCCCCUGCAACCACGCAGCCAUUCUGAUUACGAUCGUCCUCCUUCGCGUGACCAUCAGUCAGCAUCAGAACCACUAUUUGAGCCUGAUGUGAAUGAAAGGGUGCAGUAUGAUGCGGGUUUGCAACCGCACAAUGCGCACAGUCAAAUGGUGUCGCCACAGUACAAUGUGAACCCUAUGACAUUCGGACAGGUGUCAACCUUUGUACCACACGCAUCGGGUAACGUGCCUGCGCCGUUGAAUUAUAGCCGCCCCAGUUCAUCGUCAGGACCAGUGGAUGACCUUCGGUACCAGCCACAUGUCAAGGCUUUACCACCUCCCCACGUUGACGAAUAUCAUCCAGAGUAUGCUGGAAUGCAGCCGAGCGUGGAAGAUGAAGAAGACUUGGAUAUGCCUCCGCCCCCGCCCCCUGUUCACCGUUCUGGGAUGGCGCAGCAGGCACACUCUCCAUCCAACCAGUCGCCGUCGUCCUAUAAACCAUACAAUCCUUCCGUGCCCGCAAGUCUGGUCGCCGGAUACGAGCCACAAAGCCAGACGGAUCGUGCGGUGUUUGAGGAUCGAAGCGGCCGGAGACGCAGCGCCCAUUUUGAUGAUGAGAUGAUGCUCGCCCAGCAACCCACACCGGUACCUUCAACGUACGAAGCUCCUAUCUAUCCUCUUCGCACAUCUCCCCGGCCAACGGAGGAGCGUUCGGGCUCCAUUGCCAGUCGAGGCGGCUCAGCUAGUCCAGACACGCGGAUGGUGACCCGGAAAUCAGUAAGCCCACGGCCCUCAUCUUCGGAUAGCCGUGCAGGCUCCUCGGUCCCCUUCUCUCCCGACUCCUAUAACUCCUUCAACCACCACUCAUCCCGACCCGGAAGCGCACGGGAUGCUUCCCCCGCAUACGAAACGCCAUCGCAAGCCAGAGCCGCCUCGUCUCGGCCAGAGAUCGAAUCCGUCCGAGACUUGGACCAGCCUAUUAUCGGCGACGAUGGUCGCGAAAUCGAUCCCUCGGACCACCUCCCAGCUGAAACAUGGGCCCCCGAGCCGGAGAAGAAAAACCGCAAACCGGAGGUCAUCAUCCGUUUCAAGCAUUCGCCUCGACCGACAUCUCGUGGCAACGAGACGCCGCCUCGAAACACGCCGCCACGCGUGGGAUUCCGCACAACGCCUGACACUUACAAGCGUUAUAACCCAACACACGUGCAUACCGACUCUGUGGACCGCACGCCUCCUCGGGCUGAUCGGGGACACGAAAGCUAUGGCAGUUACACACAUAGUCGGGGCUACAACACCCCAACGUCGGCUGACCGGCCGCGCUCUUCCCAUCGGGGCUCAGUUUCUCCCACGCCGAGCGCUCGCUCGCCGAUUUAUGACUAUAGCUCCGGUCCGCCCAUUCCUUCAAAAGUGCCAAUCUCCCAAGGUGCAUCUGCCUACCCUGUUGCAUCUAAUGAUGUGAGAAGCGGGCGACCGGGAAUGGACGCGUUGAGCCGCGAGCUCAGCACCAUCGACAUCGGCUCUGUGGCCUGCAGUCCUAGCCGAGCUGUGCGGAAAUAUGCGCCUCGGCCACCGGCGUCGAUGGGCUAUGCCAGUUAA